AUGGCAAGAACCAAGCAGACCGCUCGUAAAUCCACCGGUGGGAAAGCGCCGAGGAAGCAGCUCGCCACUAAGGCUGCCCGCAAGAGCGCCCCGGCUACCGGCGGUGUGAAGAAACCUCACCGUUACAGGCCAGGUACCGUGGCUCUGCGUGAAAUCCGCCGUUAUCAGAAGUCCACUGAGCUGCUCAUCCGCAAGCUGCCCUUCCAGCGCCUGGUUAGAGAAAUCGCUCAGGACUUUAAGACCGAUCUGCGCUUCCAGAGUUCUGCCGUCAUGGCUCUGCAGGAGGCCAGUGAGGCUUACCUGGUCGGUCUGUUCGAGGACACCAACCUGUGCGCCAUCCAUGCCAAGAGGGUGACCAUCAUGCCUAAGGACAUCCAGCUGGCCCGCCGUAUUCGCGGAGAGCGGGCUUAAACGAACCCACUCCAUGUACAUGCUUCCACUGAAAUGGGCACUUUUCAUAACUUUAUUUAUUUAUUAUUCCAUUGUGUGUGCGUGUUCCGAGUUAUAAUUUAGUUAUAUUUAUCAGUUAUAAAUAAUAGGAAAACCUGGUUUAUGUGUGUGUGUAGAGAUGUACUUUACAUGUUCUUACAACAAUUAUAAGGGCGGCACGGUGGCUUAGUGGGUAGCACUGUCGCCUCACAGCAAGAAGGUCCUGGGUUCGAACCCCAGGUGGGGCGGUCCGGGUCCUUUCUGUGUGGAGUUUGCAUGUUCUCCCCGUGUCUGCGUGGGUUUACUCUGGGUGCUCCGGUUUUCUCCCACAGUCCAAAGACAUGCAUGUGAGGUGAAUUGAAGAUACUA